GGAGGAAUAAACCUAAUGCUGGGACAGUAGCAUUUCGCCUGGUUGCCUCUGGAGCUGGCCUAGUAAUAUUUCCAACCUAUGCAUUAGACUCGGGAACAACAACAUAACCGCGAUACUGUCAGGAAUUGGAAAACUACAGAAACCAUGACAUAGUAAAUCAGCGUUCGAGCGCUCUAUCAUAUCAGCCCUAUCAACAGACAGUGGACAUUCUAAUUCUCAAUCUAUGGUUCAAUCAGCGGUCGCCGCUCUGCGCUCACGGUAUGUGAAGCAGACGGAUUCCGUAGCUCGAGCUCGGAAGGGCACGGCAGCGGGAAAGAAGCGACGUGAACUACUCCCUUUUCCCCUUCUGUUGAACAAGUGGUGAAACCCAUUUCACCAUGUACCACUGCGACUGAUAUUGAGCUCAAUUUGGUCACCCCCUGUCAUCACUACAACUCACAGAUACAAAUCACACGCACUUAGCAAUGGGUACUGAAUAACCCAAGACAAGGCGGGGGAAAACACUGAUCUUUAUGUAGCCCUCUGCCCCCUCCUCGAGAGAAGCCACCAUCUCCCAUCUGACAUUUUUGCACUCCUGCAACUGUCUAGUCCUGCAUUCGUCAUCAUGCCACUCCUGCUUAGGAUGGCUGCCACCUAGGCCCCCAUGCGUCCCUUAAGUGGCAAGCACCCACCCCCUCCCAGAAGUUUGUUGAGUCCCACUCUGCCUCCUGCUCUCCUCAGACCUUGCUCAGAGAUGUCUUUGCUGCAGUCGCUGGGGCCAGUGCAGAACUGGCUGGGUCAGGAGCUAGAGAAAUGUGGGAUUGAUGCUGUGAUCUAUACCCGCUAUGUGCUCAGUCUUCUCUUGCAUGACAGUUAUGACUACGACCUGCAAGACCAGGAGAAUGACAUCUUUUUGGGCUGGGAAAAGGGAGCAGGGAAGAAAUGGACCAGGAGUCGGAGGAAGGGGGGGGCAGAUGUGAGUCUGGAGGAGAUGAAGAAACAGGCAGCUGUACAGUGCCUGCGUUCUGCAUCUGAUGAGAACUCUGGAAUUGAGAGUCUUGUUGAGGAGCUCUGCUCCAGACUAAAGGAAUUGCAAAACAAGCAAAAAGAGCGAGGGAGGCAAACGAGCAAAAAAUCUGAAGGAGUUCUAUCACCAGAACUGGCCGUAUCACCAUCCUUGAAAGACCAACUGGAAAUGUACAAUGAAGCCUUUCCACCACUUUCCGAGAAAUCCGUUUGUCUUCAGGAGAUCAUGACUGUGUGGAACAAGGAUAAAUCCUGCACAUCUUCUUCGGCUGCCCCAAACACCAGCACUGAGACCUCUGCACCUAAAGAUUGUUGGAGUGAUGGUGAGGCCUCCAAGGGUGAAACCUCAAAGACCUCUGACACCAGUACAGCCAUCACAUCAGUAAUUGGAGAAAGGAUUCCACACAGGCGUAACAAGAAAGAGAAAGAGAACAGACAACAUGGAGAAGAGCGAGCCUCUCACAGUAAGAAGCAAGCUCGGAGUUGGUCGGAGGGCAAAUAUCGACCCCGAUCCUGCUCCUCUGGCUCCAGCGAAGCAGGUUCCAGCUCCAGCAGUAAUCAGGGUGACCCGAAAAGACCUACCAGCAAAACCCUCCAGAUUAGGCAUAAAUCCCGUGAAAGAGGUACAACCAGAAGCAAGAAAAUUCGAAGCCAAGGGCAAGUGAAACUGUCCUUUAAGGCCUUUGACAAGGAAGAGCGGAAAAGUGCUGUGGCAGGUCCUUCUAAGCAGCAGCUACCAAUCUGUCCAAAAAAGGGAAAGAGGUCUCUUAAAGAGAUAAAAAAGGAGACUUUUGGAAUAGAGUUGAAGGAGACACUAUAUGAUAGGAGAAACAAAAAAGAGUAUGUAGAAGAACCACUAUGGUACACAGAACCCCUGACAGAAUAUUUAGUCCCUGUCAGCUGUAGAAAAAGCAAACUCGAGACAACUUAUAGGAACAACUCUGAAUCUCCUAGUGGAUCCAAUUUGUCUGGAGAUAUGGACAGGUUGACAGAGCGAAUGCAAGGGAUUUGUUUGGCCAGUGCUAACUUCCAGAGGACCUAUCUUGCAGCAGGGACUUUUGUUGAUGGGCACUUUGUUGAAUUGCCAGGUGAGAGCAGUGAGCAACCUGUUGAAUUCAGUAGGACCUCAUUCAGCCCACCACACGAGGAUAGCCGAGAUUUAGAUGAUGAACAUCUGUCUGAAUUCACUGACUUCUAUGAAGUUGAUAUUUAUCCAUCCAUAUUGGAUCCUUGUGCCUCAGACUCAGUCCAAGAGAGUCGAAUCCUAAACAUGAUUCGCCAAAAAAGCAGAGAGCAGAGAGAAUUUGAGGCAGAAUGUUUAGUGUUAGAUGGCCUUCAGCUGCAUGGGAAAAGUGCAAUAAAUACGGAGUCACUGGGAGCAUCUGGAACUGAUGGGUUCCUCUGGAAAGAUUUUGAAAGUAUUGCUCAAGUCUGUGAAUGUUACUCAUCGUCCAGUUCAGAUGAUGUGGAACGAGAAAGUUUUGUUGGGGACUCCCCUGUUCAGCUCUCCCCAGUAUUUGAUAGUACAAUGUUUAAUUUGAGUGAGUUGUCUGAGGAAUGCAAUGCUCCAGAAACCAGCUGUGAUGGUCCACAUCUGAAUACCAGCUGUUUCUCGCUUUUCGAGCUGCAGUGUGAUAGCCCCACUUGUUUUCCAUGUGAUUCUGCGACUAGUUGUCAUGAAAACACCACAACUCCUAAGACAAGUAGCAGUCUCGAUCCACAUGGUGACAACAAACAGUCUCGUUUGCUCAUUUGGACCAAAAAUAGUGCCUUUGAUGGAACUGAAUAUUGUUCUAAUCUUUCAACACGAACUUGCAGCCCUUGGUCUCACUCAGAGGAGACUCGCUCAGACAAUGAGCAAGUAAAUGUUCCGUCAGAGGAGUUGGCUCAGAUUGCUGGUGAGGAGAUAACAUCUGUAAUACCUUAUAUUCCAGCAACUUAUCUAGAGGAAGAUCUCCUUGAUUUUUUGAAGGAUGCUGAAGUACCACAAGAAAAGGCAACACAUACCGUUUCAAAAACAAUAUCCAAACUGGAAUCAAUUUGUGGUAUACCAUUAGAGACAGGGGAGAGUGAGCAGUAUGACACUGGCAUAUAUGAUGAUGCAAAUCAACAGAACAAAGACUACACCUCAGGGAUAGAUAAGGACAUUUGGACAGCUGUUGGAGAUCCUUCACACAAGGAAGAGGAGAAGCCUCAUUAUCAGGGGCUGUUCUUGGAGGAUGUACAGAACUACCACUGUGGUUGUCAGGACAUGAAGCUGACUGGUGCUGCACAGACUGCACAGAAGAAAGCAGUGCAAUGUUCGGUGUAUCACCUGUGGGAGGAGGAAGGAGAAGGUCAAGAGUUGGCUAAAAAUAAGCUGUCCAAAACAGAUAGUGGUGACUAUAUGACCCCUUUGAAGCCCUGGGACACGAGUUCAGACAAAGACAGCACAUCAUUUAUCCUUGGGGGAGUGUAUGGUGAACUCAGGUCUUUUGGAGAUGACCAUGACUGGGCUGCUGUUCCAUCAGGCAAUGCCCAAGGCCUGCUGCAGUGUGCUGCUGCUGCUGCUGCAGCCUCAGACGUUGUGACUAUUGCAGGCACUGAUGUGUUCAUGAAUGCAGGAAACUGCUUUGCGCCUGGUCACAAGCCGCUCUGGAGACCGCUGGUCUCCUUUGGUCAGAAUGACCAUGCGGUAAAAAGAGACAGAUUGACCAAGGGGUUUUCGUUUAUCUUCCAUGAAGAUUUAAUUGGAACCUGUUCAGGUCUCUAUAGGGAUGAACCAGACCAGGAUUACUCAUUCUCAUCAUUUGACCUGAACAAUCCCUUAUCUCAAGUACUCCAUGUGGAGUGCUGUUUUGAGCCCAAUGAAAUGACGUCAUUAAGCCCAGGCUUCAAACCGAAGUCAAUUCUUUGCUCAGACUCAGAGAAUGACAUCUUCUCUUCCCGGCUGUAUGGCAUUAAUCAGACUCAGUACCGCGCCAUACGCAUAUCCCCAAGGACUCACUUUCGACCAAUUUCAACUUCAGAAUUGUCUCCUGGUGGAGGCAGUGAGUCCGAUAUAGAGUCUGAAAAAGAUGAGCAUAGUCUUCCUACUCUGGUUCAGGCCAAUGUGUUUGAUGACCCACAGGCAGACCUCAAACCCCUAGAGGAGGAUGCUGAGUGUGAAGGACCUUAUUAUGGAAAGUCAGAACUAGAAUCUGGGAAAUUUUUGCCCAGGUUAAAAAAAUCUGGUAUGGAAAAGAGUGCACAGACUUCAUUAGAUUCGCAGGAGGGGUCUGGUGCACUUUUGUCAGUACCUGAGCAAGAUUAUGCUGACAGUCAACUGGUGUCUGCAGCAACUAUAGCACCCAUGACGGUGGAGACACCAGCACAACUGUCCUCCAGUGAUCAAGGUCACAAGGAGGAGCCCUGCAAAAGUGGAGAGGCAUUUGGAUAUUCAGCCGUUGCCCCUGUGCUUCCCCACCAAGGCGGGACAACAUUUGACCUUGAAAAGUUGCAUGAGUCAUAUAAUUUGAAUGACACGGAUGAUGAGAGGAAUGAUUCUCAGCAGGAUGAUUGCUUGUGGCAGAGUUCUCUCAUAUCCCCUCUAUUCUCUGGGUCACAGUGCACAGCAGGUAGCAGCAGCAUGUGACGAACCAACUUCAGUGUGGAAAAAGUACUGGAGUGAAGACAAGACUGAAUCCUCUCAUGUCUCCACAUCAUAUUUGUCCUUUAACUCUGUUCACACGACCUCACUGACCUUUGUGUGUUUGACAACAUAAAAAAGAAACUUAGUAGAAAAAGGAAUUUGUAAGAUAUAUCUUUUGAUGGAGUUAUAUGGGGCAUUUAUUUAGUGUUUGUUCAUAGUUCGUUUCGGUGAAAUAGUCCACUUUGACCAGAACGUAAAAGCAUUACGGGCAGUCUGAUGAGACUUUACAACAUCAUACAUUUUUUCCUCAAAAGUCUCUUAUGGUUUUGAAAACUAGAAAGCUGUUAAUCAUUUAAGGUUUCGUGCAUGUUCCUCAGACAUUUGCCCUCCCUUCCAAAAUCCUGAAUUUGCCACUACAGUUUAACAAUUUAUCAUCUUUUGCUCUUUUUGAAGAUUUGAAGGCAUGGACGUUUCAUGCGGCUGGCAAAUUGCUGUUGAUUCAAUGCCCUUUUUCCUCUGGUGGCAUAGAGUGUGUGCAACUUCCUUUACAUGUGCAAGCUUUUUUUUAACAAAUGUGUAAAUUAUUAUUUUUGUGAUGCUCUUUUUUCCUCUUAAAUUAAUAAAAAAAAAAAAUAGGUCUAAAAUUUAUGGGAAACAAAUGACUAACAAUAAGUUACAGAAAACAUGAAAAAAAGUAUUUCCUUUAACAAUGGGUACUUGUGAAUUAUUUUCUACAAAGAAAAAAAAUGGUCUAAAUAAAACAAAAUAUUUUUAAGAUCAUAUACUAGAUAGAUUUGGUGUUGCAGAGCUUAUUUGUAAGUUGAUUCCUGAUUUUGAGGAAUAAUUAAAAUACUCAAAAAGCCUCCCCCCCCCAAACAAAAAAAAAGAAAACGUGAGAAAAACACAUUCACACACCAGGAUUGAUACAAUUGGAAAAUAAAUAAAAGGAUAAAGUAGACAAAUUAACACAUUUAUUUUUUUUGUUUAACCUCUGUGUGUUCCGAGUCUGAUUAUAAUUGAGAAUACACAGUCGUGUUGAAUAUUAUAGGUUGCGUGUAGUCUCUUGACAUAUGCAAAACAUCAAAUGUAGCACAUAUGCAAAGUUGUUGGGUGAUGAACUUGGGCCUUAAAAUGAUUACAUGUUUGGGGUGUUGGUAAUGUUACUGCAUGUAGUUUAAGCUGGAUACUUUGGUUUAAUCCCAAAUGAUUACAUGUUGGGGGUGUUGGUAAUGUUACUGCAUGUAGUUUAAGCUGGAUACUUUUCUUCCCUGCCCUUCUCAUUCAUCUACCCACCACCCAACAUAUCUGCUUCACAAAUACAGCAUACUUUUUCUUUAGCACUUCUGCAGAUACCUUUCAGUUUUCAGUAGAUUGGUGUGCAGGGCAUGUUGUGGUGCUAUCUGAUACCAUGAAACAUGCAACACCUUUCGUGUGUGUGUGUGUGCGUGUGUGUGUGUGUGUGUGUGUGUGCGAGUGCGUCGACAUUAAAGUAUGUAAAGUUCCAAUGUAGUGGAGAGUUGUUUGAAAAACAGAAUAUUUAUACAAAAGGCCUUCAUCAGCUGUGCAAGCAAAGGGCUUCUGAGUCCAUGUUUGGUUGGGUUGCAUUGUCGGUAUCAUUGCGUGUAGCUCUGUCUCACUCUCUUAUUCCCUGUUUUUGAACCCUGUAAAACAUUAAAUCUGCCAAAUUUAUUUGCGUUCAAUACUGUACAGAGUGUAAUUUGGCUUGUGCAUUUCUCCUCGAACCAUUUGUAAUUAUUUUACGCAGACAUUGCAUGCAACUUAAUUACAUGAAACAUGCAACAUAAUUUCCAUAAUUAUUUGUGUGUGUCAAUGCCCCGUUGUCAUUGUACCUUUUACCUAGGAAGUGUUUUGCUUGCACAGUUCAUGAAAGACUCUAUGGUAGAAUAUAGACCUACAUACAUAAAUAUGUAGUAAUCAGUUGCAUCAUAUGGAUUCUCAGGAAACAAAAAAAACCCUAUGAUUGCCACACGUCCAAAAAUAUAAAAGAUACAAAAAAUACAACAACAACAAAAAAAAACUUUUCAGUUUGUUGAUGAAAAUAGUUUUUCUCCAUACAGUAGUAUUACAGAACAUUAUUAAGGUACAUAAUUUAAUCAUGAUUGAAUUUCCAUAAAUCAAAAUCAACCCUUUUAACUUUUAUUUUGUCUCACAUGGUAUGUAAUAGUUUUAGGAAUAGGUUUUCUCCUGAGAAAAUAAUAAUAAUAAUAAAAAAAAAAUACAUUCACUUGUAGAUUUCAUUGAAAUGUGAAAAACUGCAGUGCAAAGUAUCCUUCAUUUUAUUUUAUUUUACUUUGGUGUGUGUAUUUAUGUGUGAGGAGUUUUCCCUGAGCCCUGGCACAAAAAAAAGAUUUUCUUUUUAAAAAUAAAUAAAUAACAUUAGGGUAAAAAAAACAUGCCUCAGAAACAACAGGGGUCCUUUUGUCCAUUCUGUUAAGAUAUGAGCUUUCUGUCCUCUUGUGUUCACCAAGAUUAUCCACUCCAUACAUCCCUGGAUGUAAUCUUUAUAAUUUAAUGUAUAUCCUUUGUUUCAUUGUGGAGUUUCUUGACAUAUAAUAAAGGAUCAAACAGUGCUACCCUAA